AUGGCUAUGGGGUCAUGUGACACAAAAUUAGAGUGUUCUCUCCUUGGUGAUCUGCUAGAAAUGGCAAUGAAGCAUAAAGGUCAAAAUAAUGUCUGUCAGUGUCUGGGUAGGACCAAGGUCCCAGCCUUUUCAUCAAUGCUGUCUAAAGCACAAUCCCUUGGAUCCAAUGAUGCUAUCAAGUUUGACAAAAUUGUCACCAAUAUACGAAAUGGCUACAAUCCAACCACUGGUAUUUUUACUGCACCUGUUGCGGGAGUUUAUCAGUUUUCUUAUACAGUCCUGACUGGUGAUGGAAAAGGACUGGUUGUCUACCUUUCUCAUAAUAACAACAUGCAACAAAGCACAUGGCUGUCAGGUUCUAGACAUGAGACAGGUACAAACAAUAUUAUACUAAAUCUGAAGAAAGGAGACCAAGUUGCAGUUAAGUCACAUGGUAGUUAUAUAGUUCAUAGUGGUAGUUACUUGUAUAGCUCAUUUUCUGGCUAUCUCAUAGCACAAUAA